CUCCAGGCGAAGAGGCUCCCGCCCGCCCCGAGCCGCGGCCUCCGCAUGGAGGAGCCGCGGGCUCCGCCAGCGGGGUCGGCGCCGCUCCCGCUGCCUCUGCAGGGAGGCGGAACCGGUGAUGUUCCGGAGCCCGGAGCUCGGCAGCACCCGGGACACGAGACGGCGGCGCAGCGGUACAGCGCCCGCCUGCUGCAGGCCGGCUACGAGCCCGAGAGCAUGGCGGACUACCUGAUCAGCGGCGGCACCGGUUACGUGCCCGAGGACGGGCUCACUGCGCAGCAGCUGUUCGCCAACGCCGACGGCCUCACCUACAACGACUUCCUGAUUCUCCCAGGAUUCAUAGACUUCACAGCUGAUGAAGUGGACCUGACUUCAGCCCUGACUCGGAAGAUCACGUUGAAGACGCCACUCAUCUCAUCCCCCAUGGACACUGUGACAGAGGCUGACAUGGCCAUUGCAAUGGCUCUGAUGGGCGGUAUCGGUUUCAUUCACCACAACUGCACUCCAGAGUUCCAGGCCAAUGAGGUGCGGAAGGUCAAGAAAUUUGAACAGGGCUUCAUCACGGACCCAGUGGUGCUAAGCCCCUCGCACACCGUGGGCGACGUGCUGGAGGCCAAGAUCCGGCAUGGCUUCUCAGGCAUCCCCAUCACUGAGACGGGCACCAUGGGCAGCAAGCUGGUGGGCAUCGUCACCUCCCGAGACAUCGACUUCCUCGCUGAGAAGGACCACACCACCCUUCUCAGUGAGGUGAUGACCCCGCGGAAUGAGCUGGUGGUGGCUCCGGCGGGUGUGACAUUGAAAGAGGCAAAUGAGAUCCUGCAGCGCAGCAAGAAAGGGAAGCUGCCCAUUGUCAAUGAUCGAGACGAGUUAGUAGCCAUCAUUGCCCGCACUGACCUGAAGAAGAACCGGGACUACCCCCUGGCCUCCAAGGAUUCCCACAAGCAGCUGCUCUGUGGGGCGGCUGUGGGCACCCGUGAGGAUGACAAAUACCGCCUGGACCUGCUCACCCAGGCAGGCGCCGAUGUCAUAGUGCUGGACUCAUCCCAAGGGAACUCCGUGUAUCAGAUCGCCAUGGUACACUACAUUAAGCAGAAGUACCCCCACCUCCAGGUGAUUGGAGGGAAUGUGGUGACAGCAGCCCAGGCCAAGAACCUGAUUGACGCUGGUGUAGACGGGCUGCGUGUGGGCAUGGGCUGUGGCUCCAUCUGCAUCACCCAGGAAGUGAUGGCCUGUGGUCGGCCCCAGGGCACUGCCGUGUACAAGGUGGCUGAGUACGCCCGGCGCUUUGGGGUCCCAGUCAUAGCUGACGGCGGCAUCCAGACUGUGGGGCAUGUGGUCAAGGCGCUGGCCCUUGGAGCCUCCACAGUGAUGAUGGGCUCCCUGCUCGCGGCUACCACGGAGGCCCCCGGCGAAUACUUCUUCUCGGAUGGUGUGAGACUGAAGAAGUACCGCGGCAUGGGCUCGCUGGACGCCAUGGAGAAGAGCAGCAGCAGCCAGAAACGCUACUUCAGCGAGGGAGACAAGGUGAAGAUCGCGCAGGGCGUCUCGGGCUCCAUCCAGGACAAAGGCUCCAUUCAGAAGUUCGUGCCCUACCUCAUAGCGGGCAUCCAGCACGGCUGCCAGGACAUCGGGGCCCGGAGCCUGUCUGUCCUGCGGUCCAUGAUGUACUCAGGAGAGCUCAAGUUUGAGAAGCGGACCAUGUCAGCCCAGAUCGAGGGUGGUGUCCAUGGCCUGCACUCUUACGAGAAGCGGCUGUACUGAGGACGGCGCCGGCGGCCGAGGCAGCGGAGGGGGCGUGCCCCAGGGCCCCGCUUCCGGCGCAGCCUCCCUCCGUAACUGAGCAGUCCACAGACUUGCACUACUGGUUCCCCGGCUCCUUUUCCAGGGAGAGAGGCGGGGGGUGGGCCCUGGGUGUCCACGGCCCUUCCCCGGGCCUCCCCCUGCGCCCCGCCCCCGCAGAGUCAGGACUGCUCCCGGGCUGGCCUGCCCUGGGAGUCCUCCCAGGUCCCCCGUUCUUCAGCCCCCCUGAGCCCAGCCAGCCUGGACUCUCAGGCCCUGCGCCUGCCUCAGGUCUUUCUCGCUGCAGCCUGCUCCGGCCUGGCUCCCACCCCUGGGACCAGUGGCCCCUCCUGGCUUCUCCCGUAGGGCACCCCCCACACCGCAGAAAUGGUGCUCUCCUGGCCUGCCUCCGGCCCCUUCCCAGGCUGCUGCGCCCUCAGCCGUGGGGCGCUAGCGGGCUCCUGACCCAGGCCGGAGGGAGGUCUCUGCCCCCUUCCCCUGGCCGGGACUCCCCAGCCCUGCCCCUCAGGCCACCCGUCCCUGGCUCUGGGGAGGAGGCUGCCCGCCAUUCUCGACUGGCCCCCAUCCCCAGGUGUACCAUCCCUGACCUCUCCUCUCAGCUGCAGUCGAAGGCUUUAACUUUGCACACUUUGGGGGCCACAGUUGCGUCAUUGUAUGUUAAAAUAAUCUGAAUAAAUCAAGAGGUUUCAGCGCC